GUUUAUUACUGUUGUUCGAAAUAAAGUCGAUUUUCUUUCCUCUUCCGGGCUCAAUCGGACGCCGGAAUAACCACGUUCCGUAGAAAAGUUAGCGUUUAACCUCGGUGUUUGACAACAAUAGAAUUUGUUUAACCUGUGAAGUAAACUACGUUCUUUACUAACACAUACCGGCGCGUUUUCAGUGUUUUCGCGAGUGUUCCAAACAAAACGUAAACAAAGCGGGUAAAAAAAGACGGCGCGAUGUCGUUUGAUAACGUGCAAAACCUACUACGCUCGAAUCAGAGCUUGACCUGGCGUUCGCCGCCCAAAUGUCCGAAAUGUCAUCAGCUGUUCACGUCCAGUUACAUAAAACAAGGCAUUUCCCGGCGAGCGUUCAUCCUAAAAUGUGACCACCUUAUGUGCGAACGCUGCAUCGCGGAUCAAUCGCACGGUCAAAACCGUGCCGUAGUUUGCCGCAUUUGCAACAUCCGCACCAUCCUGGAUCCGAAGCGACGAAUGACGGAUCAGCUUCAACACAGCUAUCAAAUGCUAGGAUUUCUGUACCAGCGGCAACAUGAGGUUUCUCGUCUUGCGUCCACUCUACCGGACCCGUCAUCUUCCACUUUCGGAAGUUCCGACGAGCCGGAAGAGGACCCGGACAAGGAAUGUUAUGAGUGCAAUCUAUCCCGGACGCGCCAUUACUGUCAGGAAUGCGAUACGCCUCUGUGUCGCGAUUGCUUCGAGAAGAUUCAUCGGGUCGGGAAGGUGCUUUCGAAGCAUAAGCUGUGCUCGCUGACGGCUAGAAAGUGGAUCCAGGAGGAUAUUAGUAUCUGCGAUGAGCACAAGCUGACGACGGUACUGUUUUGUACCACCUGUGAGCGGUUGGUUUGUAGCGGCUGUCGGAAGGAGGGACAUGCGAUGCAUUUUUGCAUCGAAGUGACCGAUAUUAAUAAGGAGGCUCAGCCUCGGGUGGAGAAGUUGCUGCAGGAUUUGAAGCAGGCGUACGCAAUAAACCAACAAGGACGACAGAACACGGAGCGCGUACUGCACCAGCAGAAAGAGUAUGCCGACAAGGUCAUAACCGAUAUCACCGAUUACUUUUUCUCUCUUCACAACGUCCUCCAAUCCGUUGAGCAGGAACUACUAAUUUCGGUGAAAACCAGUUUCGUCCAGCUGCACACGGAAGCCACAGCAGUUCAGAAGGAACUCAACGCAACAGGACGGCAUCUUCAGCGUUCCAUCGAGCAGUUCAAAACAUUCCAGGUGGCCCUUCCUCGACAAACACUGCUAGCGGAUCUGAUUAGAGACAUGAAGAAGAUGCUUCACACAGCACCGGUUACGGCUCAAUUUCAAGAACCGGUCGAAAAUCCUUUUCGCUUCCAGGAACGCGAACCCUUUCGCAAAGAGGUGCGCAACUAUUACGAACUUACCUGCAAACCGAACAGUUACCGCCACAAAUUCGUUCCCUACUACGAGCCGGAGCCCUUUCCUGUGCUGGAACCCAUAAACUCACCCGAAAUGGGUAUAUGCAUCGUCGAACGACCAUCGGCUUCUGGGAGCAAACGAAGCACCAAACCUACCGGUUCGGUCAAUGAUAGGAUAAAUAGGUCGGCAAUCUCUUCCGACGAUACUUUGAGGGAUGCAAGCUUCAGUCGAAAAUCAGACUCGAGAACACCGGAAGAUAAGCGAAAGGAUAGGGAUCGGCUAUCGCUAGGAUCCGGUAAGAAUGCGGAAGGGCGAAUCAAAGCUUCUAAAUGUAAACACAAGAAUAAGAAAGCAAGUUCUCGUCGUACUCCUCCAAUCGAUCAAAAGUCUGUGGAGCCCAGCACCGUAAAAUCGGCCUCUAAAGCACCUAAGGCGAAAUCUUCUAGUCCCGAGGUGAUAAUAAUCACCAGUCCAGCGGAAAAGCCAUCUCGCCAGCAGAGCACCCCUGCCAGCAACCGCCAUCCAUAUCAAAAGCAGGAGGAUGCUGCCAAACGAGCUCAGGUCGACCGAUUAAAAUCACUCGGUUCCGCCAGUUCGUCACCCAGCAACUCCAACCAACGGGGCUCACCGUCAAUCCCACCGGCUGAGGCCGUACGUGAUAAGCUUAAACCCGUUCUCGAAAUAAAUCCCUUCAAUUCGGAUAACGCAUCGUUCAUUAAGUUCAGCCAGAAGGUCAACGUCACCUGCGUACUGGGUCCGGACAAAUUCUACGUCCAGAAUCAAACCUUUAAAUCGAUCGUUAACGAACUGUGCCAGGAGGAUGGUAAAACUGCCGAGAUACCGGAUGAGAUAACAGUCGGUACGCUUUAUCUGGCACAGCCAGUUGGCGAUCGGCGCUGGUACCGGGCUAAGGUACUCAGUCGAGCCAAGCAUGGUAAAAAGUAUGAAGUGUUCUUCGUCGACUAUGGCCGUACGGAGGAAAUACCACGAAGCCAGAUUCGUGUUCUGAAGGGCGAUUUGGUUGGAGUUGCUGAUGGAGCCAACGAAUGUACCCUGUACGAUCUGAUUCCGGCCGAUGGCGGGAAAAAGUGGAGUGCCGAGGCACGGCAGAUUAUGAUGGAUUUCAUUGAAAACAAACAAAUGAUCAUGUAUCUGGUGCAGCACGACGAUACCAACCAGCAAGACCCGAUGCAGGUUGAUCUGAUCUCUCAAACCGUCGAUAGUCCAAAGUCGCUACGGCACGCACUGAUCUACCUGAAUCUGGCUAAAAAUGAUCCAAAACCAACAAAACGAACGACUGAUUCUUUGCGCAAAAUUGACCAGCUGGAGAAAGCCCUGCUGAAGUGGACCUCCGAGUACAAGCGUAACAUUUUGCCACGGGAACUGGAGAAGGACGAUGUGUUUAAGGCAAAGAUAACCUGUUCCAUAUCGCCGAGUGAAUUUUACAUCAGCAAAAAUGCCUGGCAGGAUCAGUAUAACAGAAUGCAGCAUGAGCUAACCGAAUACUGUAAUAAGGAAGGAAAAAUUGCCUAUUUACCUCACGUAGGUAUGGUUUGCGCGUUUGUUGAGAAGGAUGCUGACGAUGCCGCGAUUUGGCGGCGAGGGCGAGUUUUGAAAGUGGCCGAAGCUCAUUGCGAGAUUGUCUCGGUGGACACUGGUCACCGCUUGUUGAUUCCGUGGCAAGACAUUCGUUACGUUCCGAAACAAUUCUGUUCACCAGCCGAGUUCGCGGUAUGCUGCAAGCUAAUGCACAUUCAACCGUUCAAGCAGCACAAUUACCGUUGGACGGAUGAGGCGAUGGCUGACUUCAAUAGGUUGGCCAACAGUAACUCGGUUUUCCAGAUCAUCGUAGAUAGUAAAGAUAUUGAACGUUGUUACGAUGUUGCUCUGUACGUGGUAAGAAAACGGUACGACACCUGUGUCAAUGGAUUGAUGGUAAAGAACGGAUUUGCCGUGUCUACCGGACAGGAAAGUACUGUCGUGGAACGGAUCAAAGAUGUCCCGGAGGAAGAACGGGUAUCCAUGACAGGUGGUGAUGCUGCUAGUGUACGAACGUCCGGUAGUAAGAGUUCUACAUCGGAAAAACGAAACACGCGAGUUCGGGUGGAGAUUUUACGAGUUGUGUCGCCGGGUGAGUUUUACGUCAGCUUGAUCAAGAAUUCCGGUGGAGUUGCGCAGAUGCAGGAAGAGAUUCAGAAUCGAAUGGACGACAAAAUGGAUGAUGGGGAUGACAAAACGAACUGGAAGGUGGGAGAGCUUUGUUUGGUGUUCCCAACGAUGAUCGCUGCGCAUUCACCGGGCAAUGAUGGAAUAGGGUGCGAAUGGUACCGGGCCCGUGUGAUAGAGAUUGUUGACGACAGUAACUACACGGUGUUCCUGAUCGAUAAGGCUUACACCAUGAAUGCGCAUUACUCAAACAUGUGCGCAAUCCCAGCCGAUUUGAAACAGGUUCACCCGGCUGCCAUCCGAUGCUUCAUGGCCUGUAUUGGACCAACUGGGAAUCAAGAGACGUGGUCCUCAUCCGUGAUCGACGCAUUCAAGGUAGCCAUCGAAAAGUUUGAAUGUUUUUCCAUCUCACUUCACGGUCGAAGCGUGAACGACUCACUGCCGGUCAUUCUGUGGGGAAUGACAGCCGAAAGUGCGAAAGCAUUGUCGCCUCAGCUGUUCCAGUACGCUAACGUCAACAAUAACUUGGUGCAGUACGGUUACGUACACUUGAAGGAAAAGUUCCUACCCCUAUCGGCGGCCAGUUCAGUCGAGGAAGAGCUUAUGCGGCACUAUGAAACGUUUGAAAAUUUCUUCCAUACGCUGGACGUUGAAAUGGAGGAACCCCUGGUGGAACCGAGCUAUUCCGGUUCGUGUGAUACGUAUCAGGAAGACCUCAAAGACGACCCGACCCCGAUCGACCGGUGGCUACCGGCUAAACCAAUCGACAAGACCAUUUUCGUAGCGGUACCCACCUACGUGGACAACAACGGUGUCAUCUACCUGCACGACGUGGAGAAGGAACCGGUCCUGACGGCACUGAAGAAGGUGAUCAAUGGCAAAUUCGACGGUAGCCGACAACUGCCCAGUGAUAAGUUCUACUCGAAUGGGGAACCAUGUCUGGCCAAGUUUCACAUAGACGAUCAGUUCUAUCGGGCGGUGAUCCGGAAGGCGAUCAGUCCUUGCCGGUACAAGGUUCAAUUUGUUGAUUAUGGUAAUAUCGAAGAGUGUGACGUGCAGGAUCUGCGAAAGAACGUGAUUUGUGGCCGCGUUCCGAUACUGGUCAAUAAGUAUCGGCUGACCGACGUUGCGCCGAAAGAUACGGACUUGGUUUGGAAAACGGACGUUCUGGAUACGAUGCACUCGUUGAUUGUUGGCAAACAGUGUCAGGUUCGGGUGGAUACGGACAUGGAUGCAGACACGGCUGGGGUCGUACCAUGCUACCUGAAGGUUACCGGAGUGGUUUCGGUUGAUGUAUCUGAGUACCUGCUAGAGCAACAGUUGGUCGAAAAGAAACACGCCGUGUUUGUGGAGAAAGUUGAUCAACUGUACGACCCGUACAUGAAUCUUUUUGGCAGCAAAAAGCGGGCCCCCUCGCCGAAAGGAGGACGAUUACGUAUCGGUGCCAAUUUUGGGCAGGAUCCUGGAAGUGACAGUGAAAGUGUGGAUCAGAUCCAUUCGAAUGACCGUGGUCGUUUUAGUCGACAAGAACUGGACGAUCUGUUCGACCAUGUAGCCGCCGAACAAACGCGUUCUGCUGCGGCAGACCGUGACGAAGAUGAUGGUGAAGAUUCCGGGAACAAUGCUACCGGAAUCGAUCUAAAUAAGGUGCAGUAUUUCUACAGCUUUGGUGAUGUUAAACAGGAACUAGACUCGGACAUGGAGGACGGCGAAGUAAUUGACACGGAUAAAACUAGCGACGAAGUUGGUGCUGGUUGUCCCGAAACGGAUGCGUCCUCGAAUGUUUCGUUCAAUCCGAACGAAUUCGAUACUUCGACGCAAAUAGAUCCACCACUGGAACUGACCCGUCCAACCUUGCACGGCUUUCCACAAUUUCAGCUGGAUGAAUCGAUUACUGGGUUCUACUGCGAGGUCACCAAUCUCAUCAAUCCAUUCAAUUUGUUUGUGUUCCCACAACUAGAAGACCACAUCCAGCGGAUGAAGGAAACGAUGGCGAAAAUUCAAUGCUACGUUCGCAAACAUCGAAAAUGUUCUGAUAUCGAGGAAAAUAUGCCGUGCCUCGCGUUAUUCAAACAAGACAGUUUCUGGUAUCGGGGUCUCAUCGAAGAGUAUUUCCCCGAGCGUGCGGAAGUACGAAUUUUCUAUGUUGAUUACCUUAACAAGGAGACAAUCAGCGUGCGUGAUAUACUCAAGUGUCCCGUUAGCUUAAGGCGUGUUCCACUGCGAAACGUUCAGGUGCAACUGCACUCAAUUCGAGGGAAUCCACGAAUGCGUGAGUCCGAUAUAAUGAUGAAGCUGGUUGAGCUAAUCGAAGGUAAGCGGAUUUAUGCCAAAGUAGCCAGCUAUACGCCCCUCGAGGUCGAACUGUACACCGAUUCCAAGUGUACUAAUCUGAUUUAUCAUAAGAUGAUAAAGGAGAAAUUCUUUUUGGUGGCCGAUGAUGCGAAAUCGUCGUCUCGAAGUCGGGAGAAAUAGGUUAGUUAAGAAACUAUGUAAUUUAUUAUUAAGGAACUUUCCUAUGUUGUAAUGUCAGGAAGGCAUUUGCUCUUACAGUAAUAGGACGCUUCGCGUCCAUUUUCUACUCUAUUGAAUCUAAACAGCAAAUGUAUUUAAGUACGUUAUUGGAAUAAACAUUGAAAUACUGAUUAA